AGCACGAAACCGCGCGAGAAUGUGGUGACCGGGCGGCCGCGUGGUGCGAGCGUGGACGCAACAGCAGCGCGCCCACGUCGCAGCUCCAUGGCACAGACCAUAUCCGACAUGUACGCAUCGUCAUCCCGUCGCGGGUCCCAACAGCAGCUGCUACCGCCAUCUGCAGAUGGGGGAACAGCAGCAGCACUGCUCUCCAGCAACACAUCGCCAACGUCGUCCCCCGCCCGCUCACGCCGCGUGUCGGGCAUGGCGGGCACCGGUGUGGACGGCAGCAGCCGUGAUGAGCCGCACCAACGUGACGACGCGUUGUCUGACGUGGAGGAUGAUGGCUCAGAUGCAGACGACAACGACGGCGCUGCGCAGGAGGAGGGCGGAUACGGCUCAUUCUCAGCAACAGAUACCGUACCUUCCGCAACCAGUGAAAACUUUUCCCUCGGGCCGCGCGACAGCUUGCACCGCGUGUCCAUCAAGAUGCUGCGGAAAAUGAAGGACAUGCCAGCGGGUCCCGCGUGGAUGGGCCACGUUGAUGCCAGUCCGCGCCGCCGGAGCACUUUCGCUGCACUCUCCUCUGUUGCCGCAAGCUUCAGGCGCAAGACAACAACAGAUGCUGACUCCCCAAACCAGUACAUCCUGAGCGUGGUGUACCAGGGCCGCUGCACGCACCAUCUCAUUGCCCGGGAGCGCGGCGGCCAGCCAUUCUCCAUCAACAAGCGCCUCACACGCUGCAAAUCCCUGCAGUCCCUCGUGUACAUGCUCGCGUUGACCAAAGACGAGCGAUGGCCUGUCCACCUCAAGCACCCCGUCGCUCCAAUCGAGGAUCCGGCCGAGGUGCUGGUGGAAGGACGAAUGCUCUUCAGCUCAAACAACAACGACGCCGCCCUUUACUGCUACAACAAGGCGAUUGCGACGGUGCAGCGCCUGAUGGCGAUGUUCCCCCACAAGGAGAGCGAUUACGAGUACGAGCUUGCCAUGGCAUAUGACCUCAAGGCAACGGUGCUGUUCAGCAAGCGCAAAUAUCGUGAGGCCGCAGACGCAGCCUACGCCGCAACUACGCUCGCACCAGAGUGGUGGAAGCCCCACUUCUCGCGUGGGCUGGCGCUGCGACAGGCGCGAGCCUUUGAUGAAGCUGUUACAGAUUUUCAGCGCGCCCACGACCUGCUGCCCAACGGAGACGUGAAGGCAGAGCAGUGUCUCACUGCCAUUCGUGACACCAACACACUCCGGGACCAGACGCACCGAGAAAUCUCAAAACAGAAGAUGACGGACAUUGAAUACGUGCGCAAGAACACUGCCGACAACAAGGCCACCCGUCGCAAGCAAUCCAUCGUGUUUGGGCCACACAUCUCUGACGAAGGCAUCUGGUACAUCUUGCGAAAGCGAGAGCUGUGCGCAGAGAAGCGGGCUGGCACAUUCACAGCAACAGCUGCAACUACACCUGUUAUGGCUGCUGCAAAGGUGCAGGCAAGACACGCCAAGGCUGCACGCCGCGCGAGCGAUGAUGGCAUUGCUGCGGUUGAAAGCGGCAAUGAUGACGGCGAGACCACGUCCCCACGUGAGCGGCGUGCAACGGGCCUGUGCACGGAAUUGAAACAGCGAACUGUGUGUGUUGGCGGGGACACUUCGAACGACAGCAUUGCAGACCCAUACGCCCACUUUCAGCUGGAAGCGCCCGCGCUGCCUGAUUUGUUCAAGGAGCACACUGCUCUUGAGAAACUGUUUGAGGAGCGACUGCUGCCGACGGGUCGCUGGCGCGUACCCCAACAGCAACACGUGUCAACGUGGACACAGUGGUACCACCUCCGCAUGGGACAGAAGCUGCCGGAAUACGAGCUUGAGGCGCGACACGAAAAGACAUCGGAGAUGUACUCGUGGGUGCUGACAACCGCACACGUGCUCAGGCAGAACAUCUUCCACGACACCACACCCUCAGGCUCCCUGUCCAUGCACAUUGUGGCACGAAAGCCAAUACACGAGUUCUCUGCAGUUGAGCUCUGUGCAAUGCUUCCAGAGAUGACCGCCAUCAACGUCGUGCAGAUAAUCCCAUCCGACCGGCUGCGCGGUGAGCUGAAGUGCGACGAUGUGCUGCCUGGCGAUGAGGACAUGCCCGCACAGCAUCUCCGCGUCUCCACCAUCAGCGGGUCAUACUCGGAUCUCCUUGCUGAGGACUGUCAACACGUCACAAAGCCAGAUUUGGUGCUGUUCAUUGACUCUGGGCGCCAGGCCGAUCCGCAGAUACAGGCCGACUUUGAGGAUGCCGUGGAUUUUCUCACGCGCCGCAAAGUGCCCAUUGUGUUUACACAGCGCUUCCACGAGCGCCACAAGCAAGUGGCGCAGUGGCUUCGUGACCUCCAAGUCACCGUGGCUGCAGACCCCAAGGGAGAGAACCCAUUGUGCUCACUCAGGGCGCAGCAAGAAGGAGAGGAAAGCAUGCUUGUGGACAAGCACGAAGGCCAGCACAACGGCUUCAUCCUCUUCGCCCCAACAUGAUCCACGACAACCCCAACUCAUGUCUCACAUCACACUCAUGUCACAUCAUGUGUCACCACCUGCUGCUGGCCUUGUUGAUCCGACACCAUAAAAUGAGAAUCACACA